CAAUAAUAGAUCAAAUAGCCCUUGGCAGAAGAUUUAGUCAGCUUGUUGUGAGGCUGUAACCAACAGCAGUCUGCAUUACAAAGACUUGUCCCUGUCCGGUGUUGUCGCAAUGAAGAAUAACCCCAAAAAUCCACCAACCUUGUUUGCCGCUUAUUUUCCCUGGCGCGUUCUCCCCAUUGGCUUUUUCUUCUAUAAUUCGACAUCACAAAUCAUUCUACUCUAUCUUUCUUUCAUCCAGACUGUAUUUUCCUCGUUUCCAUAAGAAAAGACAAAAUGCGACGAUCCCUAGGCUUCGCCGCCGCUGUCCUGGCCACCAAAAGCCACGCCCAAGACCUAUCCCAAACCAUCGUGGGCUGCGUCGACGUCGGCUGUCCCGCCGCCACAGACAAUGUCAACGACAACUGCACCAUCGUAUCCAGCUCCUUUUCCUCCGUGGGCCUGACGCGCAUUCCCGACACCAGCGACGCCUUGCAGGGCGUCUCCUGGGUCAAAGGCUUCAACAUCACUGAUGCCGACGGCGCGCGAUCCUUCCACGAGUCAUUCUACUUCGGCGCGCCGGCGGAUCUGGACCUGGCAGACACGGGCGCGUGCGCGGUGUUCUUCAAUGGCGUUGCUGAGACAUUGUCCUUUAACUCGUCGAAUCCUAAUCAGGAGACGGCGCAGGGCACGUGUCAGGAUGCCAUGGGAUCGUCGUGUGUGGAUGCGCUGGUCCGCCGUGCGACGGGGUUAAGUGGGCUUGAUGGUUUCUCGAGCGCGGAUGCGUGCACGGCGCUAGCGGAGGACUUGAGGGAUAAUAUGGAUUCAGAGUGUGAGGGACUAGCUGUGGGGUGGACUAACUUGACUGCUGUUGCUCUAACUGGCAACGGCGCCCCUGAGCCAAUCUCUGGUUCCCAGAACUCGACUUCGACUUGUUGGCCUAUCACGCCCAAGUCGGACAGUGUUACACUCGUGACCGAGUACACGCGCGAUGGCGACUUGCAAGUCAGCACCGCCACCAAGGCCCAAUGGGCCAUCACCCCUGUCCUCACACUAUUCUUCCAGAGCAAUGGAACUUUGAUCACCGACACGGAGGCAUCUCUGAGUUGUCUCAAGGUCAUGGGUCCCGCAAAUGCGUCGCUUGAUACCCAGAGUGGCUCUGAUGAUAAUAAAGAAGGGGCUGCUAUGACUCUGGGUGCACCGGGGUGGACUAUCUCGUCUGUCGGUAUGGCUGCCAUCUUUCUCUUGUUUUCCUUGUAAAUAUUGGAAAGUCGGAGUUUUCAUGUUCCGCGAGUUUUCCAAUGGGCGUCUGGGCGUGAUUGGCGAGAUCUAGCGGUAUUAGCAUGCAUCGAUCAAAAUAAAUCUCAUGUCUCUUAUAGCGAUAGACAGAGUUGGAAAUGCCAAAAGGUAUCCGAUUCAUGGCUUGUGCAAUAUUCUGAGCGCGAAUAGAUGAGAAACAUGAAGAACGUCAAAUAACGCACGAGAGAAAACAAUAAAUCAACCUCUCCAAAAGGUGAUUACGUC